AUGGCUCUGGAAACGGAGCCCUUUCCGCGGGAGGCUCCAAAGACUCUGUCUCGCUCUUUAGUCUCCUCUCUGCCGUCGCCGCUUUCUUCGGCAGGCCCCGUCCCGCCGGUUGCGGAGAAUCCCAUGGAGCCUUUCCGCCAUCCCCUUUCCUCGUCUGCUACUUCGCGUGUGGGGCUGAAUUCGACGAUGGUGGAGCAAGUCCUGGAGAGUGUGCGUCCGUAUCUGAGGAGUCACGGGGGAAACGUGAAGCUCGUCGAACUCGAUUCAGAAAACAGAAUUGCAAGACUCGCGUUCAAGGGCGCGUGCUCAGGAUGUCCCUCUGCCCAGCAAACGCUGUACGAAGGCCUCCAGGGAGCGUUGAGAGAAGUUUGGCCGGACAUACGCGUGGAGGAAGCACAAGACGACGGUGUCUGGGAGGAGCUGAGCUCUCUGACGAUUGACAGCGUCAACGAAGCGCUCAGAGGCACACGGCCCGCCAUUGAGAGACUUGGCGCCAGUCUGGAGGUCCUCAGUGUCUCGCCGAGCGGGGAUAUCGUGAUUCGGUAUCAAGGGCCCAAUGCACAAACUAUCCGGAUAGGCGUUGAGAUGGAGCUGCGCGACAAACUGCCUCCCGACCUUCUAGGGUCAAUUGAAAUUGUGACUGAAGACAAACCGCCGCCAGGGUCGUCGCCGGAGAGUGAGAAGCCGCCAUCGACGGCUGCACAGCAAAACGGGAAGGAAAAUGUGGAAGAUCGACGUCAGAACUUUCACCUCGCGGAGGCGCAGAAUGACAGUCUGAGGGUAGAGGAAAACGGACAAAACGUGGGAGGACUGACAGACGAAGAUGAAUAUGAAGGCUUGGAACCGGAACCCGCUUAG